CUUUCGUCCUGCCCGUUGUUUUUAAAGCCUACACAGAAUUAAGGAGGCAAGAUCUCAAAAAAAAUGUUCUCGCCUUUCUGAACGUGUCCGAUGUAUAGCAAUUUUGCAUUUCUUGGAUUGCUUACUAAUAUACAGUCAUUUUGCCAUCAUCUUGAAAGCACACGAUCACAGGUGGGGACUGUGGACUUGGGUGAUAGAUUUCUGCAUAUGGCAGACUCAGCCACUAACUUGCCCAUUGGUAGAGUUUCCAAAGAUGGAGUCUGGAGAGCUCCCAGAAUCCUAAACAAUAAAACAGUAAGAAAUCAAAUGUUGCAACGAUGAACUCUCCACCAAUGAGGGAGCAGGACUCACAAAAAAACAAGGCAGACAUUUUUAACAGUCACUGCAAAGUCCAGAUUCUCUUGGACUGUAUAAAGAGCCAUUGUGGCUGCAAGGAAGAAGAUGAAAUAGAGUUAGCAGAUGAGACCGGCCAAGUAAAGAAUUUGCUCCUGAACCGGCACCGCUGUGCAGCUGAGUUCCUGGCCGAACGAGAGACCUACGUGGUCCUUAGCGUAGCAAGGGGUGAAAACUCUUCAAAAGUAGACUUCACACCUCUGUUGCAAGAUGACAGUGUCGUUAACCAGAAGUUCCUAGCUAAACUGGGGAGCUGGCAAGACCCAAAGGCACCUUCUCCCAGAGUGAAACCCAGAAAGACCCACCACAAGAAAGCUUCCUUGGAUAUUCCAGCUAUGGAUGGCUUACGGAAUCAUUCUCCCCUUGACAGCAGGACCAGGACUCCAAAUGCCUCCCCCAGACAAAGCAGGAAGCUCUAAUUACUGCUGGAUCCCAAGGCAUAACAAGGGCAAAAGCUUCAGGAAACAUGUUCUCGGCUACUUCGUGCAGAUGUUGCUUAACUCAUUCAUUGCUCAAUAGAAUAACUUAUCCUAGAAGCACCUGCAGCCUUUCCACAUUCUUCUUUUUGGAAACCUUUCAAUUUGCCAUUUUCCAGUUUUUUUCCUGAAGGUUUUUUGAAAGAACCACGUGUACCCUCGCCGGCAUGAAAAGUGAAGCAAACAGUCCCUUGAUUCUAUGGACUGAACCAACAUCCAAGGCACCUUAUUCAGCACAAGUUAUUAGCUCUUGGAUCUCUCUUCCCUUGAAUGGCAUCACUGUGGUCACAAUUGAGUGGCAGCAGGCUGCAUUGUGAAUUUCUGCAUUCAGAGCUCAGUUUGCACCAAAUUUUACCAAGAUUGAUUUCUGGAGACCUGGUUCAAUACUACUCAUUAGCCCUAAAAGUAAUUUUUAAAAGUCAGUGUACCUGAGUAUAGAUCUGUGGAAUUGAACAUGGCUUACCUCCCAGAUCUGUUUAGAAGAGGAGUUUGGAUUUAUACCCUGCCUUUCUGUCUUGUAAGGAGUUUCAAGAUGGCUAACAAAUUAUUUUUCACUUCCUCU